AAGCAGUGAAUGGGUAAUUAUUGGUCGACUUUGACAGGGCACCCGGUUUAAAAAUGUGUCGCUUGGAGAAGAAUAGGCAGGAGAAAUCAAGUUCAGAGUGGAAGGGUAAUAAAGUAGCAGCUAGAUUGUCAGUAAACAGACUAGAGUUGUGGGUUGCAUAUGAAAGGGAAACUGCAGAUGAGUCAGGUUACGCAGUAGAGCCUGAAGCACUCUGUUGAUGGCAAUAGGAUGGCUUUUAGGGCAUAAUGCAAACAACAUGUUGAUAUGCAGUGAUUCUAGGUCAGCUGUAGCUUUGAGUCAGAGGUGGCAAUACAUCAUCAGGAUCUAUUGCAUGUCGUCUGCCAAGUUAACUCUACGGUGGUGGGUAUGGAGGGGGGGGGGUAUGGGCACCUGCUCACAUAGGUGUACUAGUCAGUGAAAGAGCAGAAAGGAUGGAAAAAAGGAGAGAGCACAGAAGGAGGAGGCAGACUUCAAUAUCUGUGUUGCAAGAAGGGAAGGGUCGGACUAGGAGGGAGGUAGUUCAGACCUGGCAACAGUGCAUCAGACAAAAACUGCUAUUUAUACAGGAUUCGAGAAAAAGUGGGCGUGGUUAAAUACAAGGGUGUGGAUAGGUCAGACCAGGUGGUUUUUGACAGGUUAAGAAUUAAGAAUCAACAACACUGUUGAGUCAAUCUCUACAUUUAGUUGGGAAGCUUCAGUCGGGUCAUUGCAGUUUUUGUCACAAGGAUGAAACUGCGGAGCACGUAUUGACUAGGUGUGAGAGGUAAGAGAGAGAGAGAGGGUAAAUGUGUUCAGAAGACUGAAGCAGCAGGGGAAUCCAUCAGCGACAGCGAUUCAGAGGUGUGGAGAAGAGGAAGCUACAGGCAAAAUGAGUCCACCUUGGCCCAAAGGAAAGAAACUUGUUCACUUAGAUCUGAAAGGCGCCCCACCACGGGUUGAAUACCUUCACAAGCUGAUCGAGCUGUUCUCUAAGCUGGGCGUGGACGGCCUGCUGGUGGAGUACGAGGACAUGUUCCCUUAUGAGGGAGAGCUGCGUCUCCUGCAAGCCACGGCGCAGCCCGCUUACAGCCGAGAGGAGUUGCUGUCCAUUCAGGAAUCUGCCAAAGCAAAGGGCAUGGAGGUGAUCCCACUCGUACAGACCUUUGGCCAUAUGGAGUUUGUGUUGAAGCACCGGCCACUCUGGCACCUCAGAGAGGUCCCGCACUGCGUUGGCACCCUUAAUCCCCACAAAGAGGAAGGGGUGAAGCUGGUGAUGGAGAUGCUGAGGCAGGUGGUUGAGAUGCAUCCAGAGCUAAGAACAGUCCACAUAGGGGCAGAUGAGGUUUACACUCUUGGAGAGGGGGAGGACUCCAAGCUUUGGCUGGCUACAACUGGUCAUUCGGUCGAACAGCUUUUCCUCAGUCACGUGACCAGGGUUGCCAAGGCUAUCAAAGAGGCGUGGCCUGACAUGAAUAUCAUCAUGUGGGAUGAUAUGAUGAGAGGCAUGAGCCAGGACACGCUGAAAGCAAGCGGUCUGGUAGGACUUGUGCAGCCCAUGUUGUGGGACUACACCCCAAACCUGGAUGUGGAAAGAACUGUGUCUUUGCUGGAGAAGUACUGCGGCGCCGGCAUGUCCGAUCUGUGGGCAGCGAGCGCCUUCAAAGGCUCCACUUCCGUGCACACCUGCGUGACCUGCACACAAAGACACGUGGAUAACCACCUGCAGUGGCUGAAGGUGGCCGCCUCUCUGCCGUCGGCCAUAAACAUGAGGGGCAUGGCCCUCACAGGCUGGCAGAGGUACGACCAUCUGUCAGUCCUGUGUGAGCUGCUGCCAGUAGCUCUGCCCUCCCUGGCAUCCUGUCUGCAGACUCUCACCCAUGGCCAAUUCAGCGCCGAGGCCCAGAGAAAAGUAACCGAGACGCUGGGAGUAUCUUCAGUGGAGGUGGAAGCCAUGGAGAGAACAUCUGCCGGCGAGUCGCUGUUCCCCGGCAGGAAGCUGGCCGAGUUGAUCGUGGAGAUAAAUUCCCUGCUCGACUCAGAAGAUUUGAGAUUUUUCGAAAGCAAUAUGUUUGUGAGAGGGUGGUUCAGUCCCUACCACAGACAGAGGAAGAUGGUAAACCCGUCAAACUCCAUGCAUAUUCACAACCAAGCCUCACUGUAUUUGGACACGUUACAGGAGAAGGUAGAGGCCCUGAGAAAGGAGAUGGUAAAUCUUUAUCCUGAUUCCACGGCCGAGGAGUGGAUAGAGGAGCACGUCGGCCCGGUAACGGCUCCGCUGCAGCGUAUCACAGAAGCCAUCCAGGACUGCGUAAAGGAAAUGGUGCCAUGACACAAUCGAGCUUUAUGAUUUCAGCGUCGAUAUCGGACUAUGAUUACUUCUUUCAAGCACAGUUGACUUUUUUUUUCUUUUUGUAUGUGGUUUUGCAUCUCCUUGUUGAUUUUUUCAUGUGAUUAGAGGUAAGUGUAUGGAAGAUAAGAGGAACUACAGAUGUUUUUAACUCAAAGAAUGACAAGAAUGUCAAGCAAAUCUAAAAACAAAUACAGUGAAAUAAAAAUCGUCCAACAUUUCCUCAUA